AUGUCGGAUACGGUCGUACCGUACGGGAAAUGGAUUAGCCCGAUCACUGCUGAACAUCUCUCCAGUGGCAGCAUCCACUUUGAAGGUAUCUACGCCAAUCCCUCCACGGGACAAAUAUUCGUUCUGGAGUCGCGUCCUGCAGAAGGUGGGAGAUUUGCCAUUGUAGAAUUAGCCGAUGAUGCCGCAACUAGUAAAGAUGUCUUACCAGCGGAAUACAAUGCCAGUGGAACAAUUCAUGAAUACGGUGGUGGUUCGUGUGCGAUGCAUCCUCAUGGUCGUUUACUCUUCACGAAUAACCCCGACAAUGGCAUAUACCUGCUAGACCCUGGUUCUGGAAAAGUGGAGACCAUUAUAGCACCCGAUGUAUGUGUUCGUUUUGGAAACUUCCAUGUCCACCCAAAGACCGUGCAAUGGAUUCUUGCUGUGCAGGAAAGCCACACCAAAGAUUUCGAUGGAACCACGGUGGUAAAAAAUGCCAUUGCAGCUAUUCAUGUUGCUACAGGCAAGGUAUCUAUUGUUCUUGAGGGUGCUGACUUUUACCAACACCCCCAAUUUAGCCCAGACGGGAAGCAGGUCUGUUGGACAGAAUGGAACCAUCCUGAUAUGCCUUGGUCAGGGACAAGUUUAUUUGUAGCCCAGUGGGAAGAUGGUAAGUUACAAGACCAUACCUUGGUGUCAGGCGAGGCCGGCGUUGAGAGUAUCUGUCAGCCAAGAUGGGGUGUGGAUGGCACCCUAUUUUUUGUCAGUGAUAAGACGGGAUACUGGAAAUUGUAUCAGUUUAAUGGAACGACACCAGAAUUGAUAGAUUUAAAAGGGCUAGAGUCCGCUGAGUUUGGCAGUCGGGAACCGUGUCUGGGAAACUGCACAUACGUUCAAUUAGAUAAAAGCACAAUUGUCGCAUCUGCCAACCAAAAUGCGACAUCUAACCUGGUCUUGGUUGACUUAGACACCAGUUCAUGGAAAGAUCUAUCCUUACCCGUCGUCGAUAUUCAAAAAAAUGCCAUGACACGUCUCUCGGCCACAUCAUUUCUUGUGAUAGGAAGCACUCGUACUGUUCCACAAGCGCUCUAUCGUGUGGAUCUAGGUGAUACUGUCUCCAUCAAAUUACUUAAACCCACCAUUAAGCUUGAUAUACCUGGCACACUCGUCUCGAAAGCGCAGCAUAUAACGUUUCCACGAUUACAUGGGGAGACGGACGACACUAGCGCCAAAUAUGCACAUGCGUGGCUUUUUGAACCCAAAAAUGGCGCUUUCAAAGCACCAGAAGGAACUAAACCGCCUUUACUCGUGUGGAUGCACGGUGGCCCGACAUAUCACGUUCCACCUGGCCUUUCCCUGACAACGCAAUACUGGACAUCACGAGGCUACGCCUACGUUAUGGUGAACCACGUCGGAUCCACUGGAUACGGGCGAGCAUAUCGCGAACUUCUUGAUGGUGAAUGGGGAACUGCUGAAAUAGCCGAUGCUGCAAGUUGCGUCCAAUAUCUCACCUCUGAGGGGCUUGUUGACGCAACAAAAAUCGGCAUCGUUGGCGAGAGCGCUGGUGGGUAUUCAGUCAUGCAAGCCCUCUACACAUAUCCCGAUAUCUGGGCUGCUGGCGUUAGUAUAUAUGGAAUUAGCAGUUUGUCGGAAUUUGCAGAGACGACGCAUAAAUUUGAAAGUCGUUAUAUUGACUCUCUUGUGUUGGGGAAAGGGAGAAAGACCAAGGAAGAAGUAGAGGUUAUGUAUAGGAGCCGGAGUGCUGUGUAUCACACGGAGAAAAUCAAGGCACCGCUAUUGCUUCUCCAGGGUGAUAUUGAUACAAUUGUGCCGGCAUGGCAGGCGACUCGUAUGGUGCAAAAGAUGCAUGACCUUGGGAAGACGGUUGAGUUGGAAAUCUAUGAGGGAGAAGGCCAUGGUUUUCAUAUGGGGAAGACAAUUAAAGCUUCAACGGAAUCACAGGCUCGGUUCUGGGAGGAUAAUCUUCUUUAA